GACAGGUUCUGGUCCAGUUUUGCAAAAUUACUGGACUGAACAGACUUCUGUUUCACGGUAUUUCAAAACUUUUUUAUUUUCUGGAAACUCUACCCCUGAUCUGGGACUGAUCCUGGUUCUGCUGACAUCUAUUCUGUGUUCCGGAGGACUGGUUCUUCAGGUACCUGUCUGGCCUCUCUCUCCCCAGGAUCAUGGCCUCUUUCUGGGGCAUGGUGGUGUUGCUGUGUGGGAUGGUGGUUAUUUCUGGAGCACAGAAGACGAAGAGCAAUAUGCCCAGGCUAAAACUCUCUUAUAAAGAGAUGUUGGAGUCCAAUAACUUGGUGACAUUUGAGGGCCUGGCCAAUAGCUCAGCUUACCACACGUUCCUAUUGGAUGAGGAGAAGGGUCGUCUGGUGGUGGGAGCCAAGGACCACAUAUUCUCCUUCAACCUGCUCAACAUCAGCAGAGACCUGGCACAGAUCCCGUGGCCUGCAUCCACCUCCAGAAGAGAUGAGUGUAAAUGGGCAGGGAAGGACCUCAUGAGGGAAUGCGCUAACUUCAUCAAGGUUUUGCAGCCUUUUAACCAGACCCAUCUGUAUGUAUGUGGAACCGGAGCCUUCCACCCUGUCUGUGCCUACUUGGAGGUGGGGAAGAAACUAGAGGACAGUGUGUUCAGGCUGGAGCCCCUGAUAGAGAACGGUCGAGGGAAGAGCCCUUAUGACCCCAAGCUGCUCACAGCGUCCAUGCUCAUCGAUGGCGAGCUGUAUUCUGGGACGUCAGCGGACUUCAUGGGGCGGGAUUUUGCCAUCUUCCGUACGUUGGGACAGCAUCACCCCAUUAGAACUGAGCAACACGACUCCCGCUGGCUGAAUGAUCCCAGGUUUGUGAGUGUCCAUCUGAUCCCAGAGAGUGACAACCCCGAGGACGACAAGAUCUACCUGUUCUUCAGAGAGAACGCUAUGGAUGGGGAACACGCAGGGAAGGCUACACACGCACGCAUCGGACAGCUCUGCAAGAAUGACUUUGGAGGCCACAGGAGUUUGGUGAAUAAGUGGACUACAUUCCUGAAGGCCAGACUGGUGUGUUCUGUACCUGGACUAAAUGGCAUAGACACACACUUUGACGAACUACAGGAUGUGUUUCUGAUAAGCGCUAAGGAUCCCAAGAACCCCACCAUCUAUGCAGUGUUCACUACAUCCAGUAACAUCUUCAAGGGCUCAGCAGUGUGUUUGUACAGCAUGGCAGACAUCAGAAGGGUGUUUCUAGGUCCCUAUGCCCACAGGGACGGCCCUAACUAUCAGUGGGUUCCCUUCCCCGGGAGGGUACCGUACCCACGACCUGGCACGUGCCCCAGCAAGACAUUCGGAGGAUUUGAUUCAACAAAGGACUUGCCUGAUGAUGUCAUAACAUUUGCGAGAGGACACCCAGCGAUGUUUAACCCCAUCUAUCCCAUCAACAACCGACCAAUCAUAGUCAAGACGGACACGGACUAUCAGUUCACACAGAUAGUGGUGGACAAAGUGGAGGCUGAUGACGGACAGUAUGACGUCAUGUUCAUAGGCACAGACAUGGGUAAAGUGCUGAAGGUGGUGUCCAUCCCCAGAGGGUCCUGGCAUGACCUGGAAGAGGUUCUACUGGAGGAGAUGACUGUGUUCAGGGAGCCAACUGCUAUUACAGCGAUGGAACUCUCCACGAAGCAGCAACAGUUGUACCUAGGCUCAGACCUGGGCAUAUCCCAGAUGCCUUUGCAUCGCUGUGAGGUGUACGGGAAGGCGUGUGCUGAGUGCUGUCUAGCUAGAGACCCUUACUGUGCCUGGGAUGGGACCGAGUGCUCACGAUACUUUCCCAUGGCCAAGAGGAGGACAAGGAGACAGGACAUCAGGAAUGGAGACCCUUUAACCCAGUGUUCAGACCUGCAGCAUCAUGACAACCUGAAUGUGCAGCCCACGGUGCUAGAUAAGACAGUGUAUGCAGUGGAGAACAGCAGUACGUUCCUGGAGUGUAGCCCCAAGUCCCAGAGAGCACUCACCUACUGGCAGUACCAACAAGUCAACGACGACAGGAGACAAGACAUCAAAGCAGAGGAUCGUUUUGUCCGUACGGAGCAGGGCCUGCUGAUCCGCAUACUGAACAAAAAGGAUUCUGGGACUUAUGUGUGCCAGGCUGUAGAACAUGGCUUCAUGCAGACGCUCCUAAGGGUCACCCUGGAAGUCAUCGACACUGAACGCCUCGACGAGCUCAUUCACCGUGAUGACGAAACCGCCACACACACCGCUGCCACACACACCACCUCCUGGGACACGCCCCCAGCCCGGGAAUCGUCCAAUCAAAAGCUAUGGUACCGUGACUUCCUGUCAUUAGUGAACCACCCGACCCUGAACAGCGUGGAUGAGUUCUGUGAGCAGGUGUGGAAGAGGGAAAAGAAGCAGAGGAGGCAGAAAGCACAACUAUCCCAACAGGUCCAGCUACACCAGCAGCAGCAGGGCCUCGUGCACGCUCACACCCACGUGAACGCCCAUGGGCUUGCGGCCAAGUGGAAACACCUGCAGGAGAGGCAGAAGGGCCGCAACCGUCGGACCCACGAACUGGAGAGAGCCCCCCGCAGCGUCUGACCUCGCACCGACUAAAUCCCAUGACCCCGCCUGACCCCCAACCCCUAAUCCAUGUACACUGUCCUCAUCCUAAAAUCCCCCCUGAACCUCCUCCCCUGCCUCAUCUGUCCUUACAGAGAUAAAGACUCGUUCCACACUGACUUUGUACAGAGAAUCUCAACUGGAAACAAAGGCAAUAUCCCGCCCUGGUCUGUGCGUGUAGGCUGCGUGGCCACCCAUGUUUACAGUGACACGGCACAGAGACAAAGGAUGUUACAGGACACCAGGUGAUACAGUACUAUUCUAUAAUCUCAGCUGGCCUCUGUAGCCCCAGCACCAUGGAGGGACAGUGUUAGCCAACAUGUGGACUGGACUCCACGUACUGCAGAAUAACUUAUUGAGAACAUGGCUCUGUCUCCACUGUAGUGUAGCUUUGUUUGUUUGUCGUGUCUCGUCAUUGUUGUCCACCCAGAUAUAGUAGUUAGCUUCUCCUAACAACCACUAUCUUGGAACAAGGGAUGAUAGUGUUUGAUGAAAUGACGGAGCAGGGACGGACCUCGUGUGUAUCACAAGGACAUAACUACAUACAGGUCAUGUAAAGCACAACAGUUUGAUGUUGAUUGGAUUCGAUGAGAAAUGAAUAGUCCUAAGGAGAGAGGAGGAUGACUGAGCACUGCAAGAUACUUCAGAGUAGCCGUGGAUUUACAACUAAUUAUGUUAUUCUAACUUAAAUCAGACAUGUAAAUGUGCUUUGACACAUCCUCAUACUAAAGGGAAUGGUUUGCGGUUAUCUUGUUACAUGAUGUUGUUUCCCCAUAAACAAAUGUAUUUAACAGAAGGUGAUUUGGUUUUUCCCAAAAGCAGUAGGUAAAUAAAGUAUCCAACAUGAUUCUGAAAGUCACUGUGUUAAGUGUAUAGAUAGAUAAGCUCUUCCAAGGCACAAAUGUUUUCAUGUUUUAUUUAAACGUGUAUCUUUUUGAUUUGCUCAGAACCCUGUAUAAGUAUUUGUUACAUAGUGAAAGUUGACUUUAUUUUCUAUAUUUUAUGUUUCAGUCCAACCACUGCAUCCCAUCUUAACUAAAACUUUAACAUGUCUCUGCAUCAACUAUGUCACAUUGUUUGAUUGAAUCAAUUAGCAUACAAAACUUAUUUUCACCACAUACAGUGCCUUCAGUAUUCAUGCUCCUUGACAUACUCCACAUUUUGUUGUGUUAUAGCCUUAAUUGAAAAUGGAUUAAAUCAAUAUUUUUUCACCCAUCAACCCCAUAAUGACAAAGUGAAAACAAGUAUUUUUAAUUUCUUGUGAUUUUAUUGAAAAUGAAAUAUAUAAAAACCCAUGAGUCAAUACAUAUUAGAAUGACCUUUAUCAGCGAUGACCGCUGUGAGUCUUUCUGGGUAGGUUUCUAAGAGCUUUACACACCUGGAUUGUACAAUAUCUGCACAUUAUUGUUUUAGUUAUUCAAGCUCUGUCAAGUUGGUUGUUGAUCAUUGCAAUACAGUCAUUGUCAAGAACAGACUCAAUUCGUUGGGGCAUGGACUCUACAUGCCCCAACGUUCCACAGGAAUGCUGGCCCAUAUUGACUAAAAUGCUUCCCAUAGUUGUGUCAAGUUGGCCGGAUGUCCGUUGGGAAGUGGAUCAUUCUUGAAUUACACAGGAAACUGAUGAGCAUGAAAAACCAAGCGGCAUUGCAGUUCUUUACACAAACCGGUUCGCCUAGCACCUACUACCAUACCCUGUUGAAAGACACUUAUAUCUUUUAUUUUGCCCAUUCACUCUCUGAAUGGCACACCUAUACAAUCCAUGACUCAAUUGUCUCAAGGCUUAAACAUCCUUCUUUAACCUGUCUCUUCUCCUUAAUCUACGCUGGUUGAAGUGAGUUUAACAAGUGACAUCAAUAAGGGAUCAUAGCUUUCACCUGGAUUCACCUGGUCAGUCUAUGGAAAGAGCAGGUGUUCUUAACAUUUUGACACUCAUUGUAUAUGUGUUUUAGGUUAUUGUCUUACUGAAAGGUGAAUUUGUCUCCUAGUGUCUGUUGGAAAGUGGACUGAGUCAGGUUUUCAUCUAGGAUUUUACCUGUGCCUAGCUCUAUCCAUUUUCUUUUAUCCUAAAAAUAAAUUCCCAGUCUUUGCCGAUAACAACCAUACACGUAACAUGAUGCAGCCACCACCAUGUUUGAAAAUAUCAAGAGUGGUACUCAGUGAUGUGUUGUUGAAUUUGCCACAAACAUAAUGCUUUGUAUUCCGGACAUAAAGUGAAUUUCUUUGCCACAUUUUUUUCAGUUUACUUUAGUGCCUUAUUGCAAACAGGAUGCAUGUUUAGGAAUAUUUUUAUUCUGUACAGGCUUCCUUAUUUUCUAUUUAAAAGUCACAAUUAGCCUCAUGGUAAAAUCAUUGAGCAGUUUCCUUCCUCUCUGGCAACUGAGUUAGGAAGGACUCCUGUAUCUUCUCAGUGGCUGGGUGUAUUGAUACACCAUCCAAAGUGUAAUUAAUAACUUCACCAUGCUCAAAGGGACAUUCAAUGUCUGUUUUUUUGUAUCCUUCUACCAAUAGAAAACCUCCCUAGUCUUUGUGGUUGAAUCUGUGGUGUUUGAAAUUCACUGCUCGACCGAGAGACCUUACAAUUAUCUGUAUGUGUGGGGUACAGAGAUGAGGUAGUCAUUCAAAAAUAGUUUGUAAAAAUGUCUAAAAACAUAAUUCCACUUUGACAUUAUGUGGUACUGUGUGUAGUCCACUGACACACAAUCUAAAUGUAAUCUAUUUCACAUUCAGGAUGUAACACAACAAAAUGUGGAAAAAGUCAAAGGGUAUGAAUACUUUCUGAAGGUACUGUACAUAUAUAUUGAUAUACAGUAUAUCUACACUGUGAAAAAGUAUAUGAUAUAAGUUUAUCUAUUUGAGAUCCAUUGUGUAACAUGUCAUUAUAUGCAUGUAACUGUUACUUUAUGAUAACACCUACAUGUAACAUGCACAUGCUGGCAAACAGGACCAACUAACAGAGCAAAUACGUUCCACUCUUAAAAAAAACACCACUGGUGUUGAAUGGAACAUGCAGGGUUCUAUUACAAUAUUUAGCAUACCACUACUGUACCAUCUGUCUAUGUCUGUUUGCCCAUGUCAGCCUGCAAAUGUACUUUCAAGCAUAUCUUACACUUCCAGCAAUACACACAUGUAUUUUGUUAUUGUCCAGGAGUAUAUCUGCUCUAUGUAUCUUUCCUUGAAUCACUACAUUACUCUGAGAGUAUGUACAUCAGGAGAUGUUUUUUUCUGACAUGUGUUUCUUAUGUACGUCAGGAGAUGUUUCCUUUUGAAAUAUCUCAACACAGUGAGACAUACAGAGACAGACAGAGAAUCUGGAAUGUACACACCUGUGAACAUAACAUAAACAUUGAAGAGUAAAUCCCAUGGUCCAACAGUAUGCCACUGUGUACUAAUUGCAUGUGAAAGCCAUUCUAGUCUACUUUUGUUUCUAUAAUGAUGCAUUGUUUAAUGUUGUUUGUGAUGGUCUGCUCUUAGCUUAGAGGCAACACACAUUUACCUGUUACUGAGGUGUAAAGACACACAGAACGAGUUACUGGAAGUACGGCAUAAAUUAAGUACUCUGGUGUAUUCCACUGGCACUCAGAGAUACUCUUGUUUAUCUGGGCUGGAAAUCACUUUGGAUGCAAACAUCUAUACAGAUCUGUCAAUCACACAUAGUUACAGUAAAUAUAAAGUAUAUUACAAUGUAAUUCUCAUCAAACACAACAAUGCAACAUGGAUCAGUACACAUGGUCAGGUAGCAAGAGUAUACAUGAUCUCCCAAUUAUCUGUAUCAGUGUGGAUGUUGAGCUCCAGGUGGAACAGCCUAAGCAGAGUUUGAACCAGUGACAUACUGCCUACAGAGUCCAGACCUCUUACAACAGGUGCUAGUGGGCUCACAUAGUGAAGCAGUACAGAGGGUCUGUCUCUGUAUAGGGAUCAGUUCUUAAAGUGCCAUACCAGGUCCUAUUUUAGAGCCGGUAUUCUACAGUAUAAAAGGUGCUGAUUCUCUGUACCAUUCAUCUCCGUCCCACUUCAACCACUGGCAGGGCUGCUGAGUGUAAAUGAGGGAGUAAACUGCUGCUGCUGUAUAGACUGUGUUUGGUAUGGUGAUGAUGAUGAUGACGAUGAUGUAUUCUACUGUUCUAAUAAAAACA